CAAAUAAAUAAACAAACAGACAAAAAAAAACAAACAAACAAAUGGCUCCAGCACACAGAGGAGGCUCAUCCAGAAGGGAACAGAGGAAAAAGAGAGAGAGAGCGAGAGAGAGAGAGAGAGAGAGAGAGGGAGAGGAAGGAGAUAGAUGUGUUCACCACCACCAUGGAGCCCUACAUUGAGCCGAGUCUCUCUCUCUCUCUCUCUCUGGGACUAAACAGACUCCCAUCACCACACACACACACACACACACACACACACACACACAUGCCCCCCCGCCCCUGUAAAAGGACAAGCGUCUGUGCCUUAUUGUGGUGCUCUUGAGGCAAAGGAGAAGCACAUCCCACUGACUCUCUUCACUUGUUUUGGACAAAAGACAGAAAGAAAAGAGUGCAUUUAUUUUGUUUAUUUAUUCGUGCUUGGGUACUUUAGUAUGUUUCUGUGCUAUUCUGUGCUAUGAGGGAUCUUUGUGUGUGUGUGUGUGUGUGUGUGUGUGUGUGUCUGCACUGCAGAGCUAUCUGCAAUGCUGUUUCUCUGAGUUGUCUAUCACCUCAGUAGACUGGCGUCUCUUCUCGGUGGUAGUAACGGUAGACUAGACACCCUCAGAAACAGAGUCUCUUCUCAGUGAUGGGGGACACUAGACUAGACUCCCUCAGAAACAGAGUCUCUUCUAGUGGUGGGUGACAGUAGACUAGACUCCCUCAGAAACAGCAGUGCCAGCUUCACACAGCACCACGUAGGAGUUGUGCCAAUUGAAACUGCAUGGACACACGUACUGUAGCAAACCCAGACGUAGCCAAACCCAGACGUAAGUUAAGCUUUGAAGUAAUCUCCCCCAAAGUCUUUGAAUAUGACACAUAACAUAAUUACAUCAUAACACCCCCCCCCCCCCCCCCGGCAGGUCAAGAGGUGCAGGUAACAGCAGCGAAGACAAGCAAGGCCUAGCCUGACUGGCACCAGCAUGAGCAGCCCAUGACUAGCCUUAACUCCCCUAAAGCCCAACAUCUAACCAAUCAGGCCUGCAGGAACCCCCAUCUAACCAACCAGGCCUGCAGGAACCCCAAUCUAACCAACCAGGCCUGCAGGAACCCCCAUCUAAGCAACCAGGCCUGCAGGAACCCCUAAAGCCCACCAUCUAACCAGCCAGGCCUGCAGGACCCCUAAAGCCCACCAUCUAACCAGCCAGGCCUGCAGGACCCCUAAAGCCCACCAUCUAACCAGCCAGGCCUGCAGGACCCCUAAAGCCCACCAUCAAACCAUCAGACCAACCUGACCGGCCUACAUCUGGCGGAGUUCUGGCCCACAUCCCAUCCAUCUGAGGUUUGCUCCAUGUUGAAUCUAUCCGCAUCCGUCAAAGUCCUCUGUCUUCUGAGGGCGGGCUUGUUUGGCUCCAAAGGGACAUCUUUGAAAUGCAGAGUCUGCUAAUGCAUUCAAAUGGAUGUGUGAAGCUUUUAAUGUAAUCAGACUCCCGCCUGCGACCCUACCUGUGUCUGUUUGUCUGGAAUCCUUCCUUCAGCAGGAGAAUAGCUUCAUUUGCUUCACUUCAGAGUCGCACACUUAUUUUACAUAAGAGAGGCGGGGGGCCGGUUGUUGGGAUGGUUUUGAUCUUCACUGGUGCACAUAUUCAUUACUCUCCACAGUGUGUGUGUGUGUGUGUGUGUGUGUGUGUGUGUGUUUAAGACAACCGAAUAGUUUUACCCAUACAGUUUGUGUUGGUUAAAAGAUGUUUUCCAGUCAUGUGUGACUACGUGUUUUGAAUGUAGGCGUGUUUGUUUAAAAUCUUGUUUUGCUUUGCA